AUGGGGAUGGAAGCGAAAUGCGGUGGCCUGGCCGUCGCUGCCGGCGCCACGGUCCGGCGGCCGCUGCAGCAGCGGGACACCAACGUGGCCGCGUCCACGGUGGUGGUCGCCAAGGCCGCGCCCAAGCCCAAGGCGAAGCCGCCGAAGGCCGUGACGAGGCUGGCUGCUUCGCCUUCGCCGCUCCUACCGCCGCCGACGCCGCCGGUGGUGGUGAAGCCGCGGGUGAAGGCUGAGUGCGGUGCGGCCGCCGUGGUGGCCGUGGCGGAGGUGUCGCUCGCGGAGGAGCUCGAGAGGGCUCGCGAGCGGCGGGGCCGGCUGCGGGAGGCGAGGGAGCGGACGGAGCGGGAGAUGGACGACCGCGCUGAGGCGCUGGACCGGGAGGCGGCGGAGUGGGAGCACCGCGCGGACGAGCAGCGGAGGCUCGUCGCGGAGCUCAUGCGCCUCAUCGGGAUGCCCGAGGUCUGUACUCCUGUGGAAUCGCUGAGAUCCAGGGAGGAGAGGAAGCGAAGAGGGGCGAUUGGUCCUUCGGUUUCCAGGGGUUCCACCGCGAAAGCAUCAACAUUGCCGGCUGAUGUUGGAGCAGAAUCCUGUAGCGAUCAGGAAUCUGAGGCAACCGGAGGGACAAAAGAGGCGGUGAAAACAACUGAGAUCACAGCAUGAUUUUAUGCCACGGGCUCGGUUCAGCUGAAAACAAGUUACUAUCGAUCUGACACUGUCUACAUGGUAAAAUGUCUGGAAAAGAGAGAUUGCCAAGAACAGAAGCUCGCCCUUUUCUGAAUGCGACUCACUGGUUUGUUCAAAAACCACUAUCUUAGUGUGUAGUACUCGUAUGUAAUAACAGAGUUUACACUUCCUGGAAUCAUGCUUUCAU